AUGUCUAAAACUGUUCUUCAUCUAUCUAUCUAUCUAUCUAUCUAUCUAUCUAUCUAUCUAUCUAUCUAUCUAAUUCUGUUCAUAUCUAUCUAUCUAUCUAUCUAUCUUUCUGAUGUCUUUCAAAUCUAUCUAUCUGAUUCUGUUCAUAUCUAUCUAUCUAUCUAUCUAUCUAUCUAUCUGAUGUCUUUCAAAUCUAUCUAUCUAUCUAUCUAUCUAUCUAAUUCUGUUCAUAUCUAUCUAUCUAUCUGUCUGAUGUCUUUCAAAUCUAUCUAUCUAUCUAUCUAUCUAUCUAUCUAUCUAUCUAUCUAUCUGAUGUCUUUCAAAUCUAUCUAUCUAUCUAUCUAUCUAUCUAUCAUAUUUAUUUUGGGAAAUCUUACUAAUAUCUAUCUAUCUAUCUAUAUUACUUUGCUUCUAUCUAUCUAUCUCAAGUGCGGCGUAGAAGCUCCAGUUAUUUACCGCACAAUAUCUAUCUAUCUAUCUAUCUAUCUAUCUAUCUAUCUAUCUCAGUCCUUUUAA